AAAGAAGAUAUUAGACAAGAAGAAGUUGAAUAUAGAAAGAUUGUAUUUAGAAACAGCUAUUUAAUAUUGGAAAGAAGUUAUAAAACUAGUGCUAAUUGUGAUAAAAUAACUAGAAAAGAAGGUUUUGUUGUUUCUAAGAAAGAUGAUAAGGUUAGCAACAUUGCCGGUUUCAAGAUUAUAGAUUUUUAUAACAAAGAAAUGAGAGGAAAUAAAUUUGGAAUUAGGACUGUUAAAAAGAAUAAGUACAAUAAAGUUAGUUAUACAAGAGAAAGAAAGAUCAAAGUGUUUAUUAGAAAUCAAUCUAGUGUUUAUAAUUUUGAAGCAGGGUUUCAAAAAGUUCAAAUUGAUUAUAAACCUCAGGAAGUUGAACAGGUCUCUCUCUAA